AUGGCUUCACUCAAAAAUAUUUUCUUAUUUUCGGCCGUCGUCUUUUUGCUGUGUGUUCUUUCUGAAGCAAGAGAGUUCGUAGUAGGCGGUGAAAAUAAUUUAUGGGCAGUUCCAUCUUCUUAUGAUUCCAAGAUUGAUUCGGUGUUGGAAGUGACCGAGGAAGACUACAAAAUCUACUACAACGCCAAUCCAAUAAAAUUACGCCAUGAUGGAGAAACUAAAAUUUCACUGGAAAAAUCAGGUCCAUUUUUCUUCAUCAGUGGAGCUGAAGAACAUUGCGAGAAGGGUCAAAAGCUAGAGGUUAUGGUUCUGUCCGAUAAACAUGGCUCCGGCCACCAAUCUACAGUGCAGGCACCUUUUCCUCAUCAUCACUGUCACUACUACCAUGCACCAGCGCCAGCGCCAACCCCGACUAACGGUGUUACUGGUUUGCAGGCGACAGUGGGAUUUAUUUGUGGAUUGCGGCGGCGGGAAGUUUGGUUUUGUUGUGUAGACUAG